AUGAAAAAAUACUUCGCCCGAGGUGCCGUGGUUUCAGAUGCUAGUGGAGUUGCUGAUAAUGCUGGAGAAGCAGAAACGCCUUCAGAAGCUCAGUCAGCGCCAUCUAAUAAUGGUGGGAAGAGUCCGACCCCAUCUUCUUCCUCGGUUGAUGUAACUCCUGACACGAGCAGUGAGGUAUCGUUCGACAGUAAAUCUCUAGGAUCUAAAGGUCCUCGUAUGAAAUGUUUAUGUCGAAGUAAAAAUUGUCGUGGCUAUUUGGUUACCUAGGAAGAUUUUUCUAUUUUCACUAACAGUUUAUAUGAAUUAUCUUCGAUAAAAAUGCUAAAAUUAUUGGUAGAGUUUUACAAACUACUCAGGCUUUGUGUAGUCCGGUUUUUUUCUUCUUGAGAAUUAACCCUUUUUAGGAAUAUUUAUGUUAAAGAUUAUAUUUGAUUCUGUUAUUUUAUACUUAUUGUAAAUUUUACUACUCUACUCUACUCUCUCUCUCUAUAUAUAUAUGUGAAAUUACUUUCAGAUACAUGUAAAGAUAAUUGAUACAGUUUGCAGAUUAAAUGUAUACCUAAUGUCUUUUUA